UCUCCAACAAGUCAGUCUGUCAGCGAGCUAGGACAAAUCUCACCACAAGGCUUUUCAGCAGCAAGUGAAGGAGACAGGAGCACGAAGCGCUCUACUAAAGCCAUAACCCACCGGGAUUUAGCCAUCCAGCGCCACUGCGCACUCGUUUUCCGCGUCUCUAUUAAGGACAUUCAUCGAUGCGCUAGAGUUGAACAUUUCUUUAUGAUUUCUUUGUUUGGUUGCCUUUUUUCUUUUCUUUUCUUUCUUUUCUUUUUUACUCCGUAUGCACAUGUCCACCUCUGAGCCGUGCGCGCCAGAGACGGUCGGUUUGGUCGAAAUCCAGUGAUCCAGUGCGCAGGAAGGAGCCGGAGCGAGGGAAGGAGCUCAGCGCGCGCGCGGAGGAAUUACGAGAAGAGCGCAGAAGAGCAAGUGGAGGAGAGAAGAAAAAAUAAGGAGAAGAAAGAAAAGCAUCGUCACGGGGUUUCUUUCUGAGAAUGGAACUUUGCGCGGCCAAGAAGGGCAUUUCGUUUUAAUCACACAUCCAUCUGAUCUUUGAUUUAUUAAUUAUUAUUAUUUUUUUGGGGGGGGUAAUUUUUUUUUUUUUUUUUUUUUUGGGUUGCAUCCUUCAUCUCUUGGAAGAAAAACGCAACAAGAAGACAGGAGGGGAAGAAGGAAAGGGGAAUGGGAAAGAAGAGAGAUCUUGCAGCCGAAGACAGCGCGAGAAUUUCAAUAAAAUUAGACUCUUGCCAAUUGUAGGCUCAAACUGACAAACCCGGAUUUAAAAAAAAGCGACUUUGUGUCAGGAUUGCUGCUAUUAGUGGAGUUUUCUUUCCACGACUGACCGAGCACAGACUUUGAGGGAAAGAAGAUAAAGCCAACAAUUAAGAAAUACUUGACUAGUCUGUAAAGUGUGCCUUUACAGAAUAUUUAGUGGGAUUUCAUCUGCUUCAUCUCAAAGCGGAUAAUCCAAACUUGACAUUAAUAAACCCUGCGGGUUGUUGUGUUGUGCCUUUUGGUUUUGUCUUCAUAUCCAUGCGGACACACUGCACCUUAACGCACUGACGGAUUCCCCUCUGUAGCCUUACUGAGAUUUAGGCUUUUGUUCCUAAAGGCUUCCUCCUACUGUGUGUGUGGUGGUUUUUUUGUUUUUUUUUUGGUGGUGGUGGAGGAUCUUCUUUAUCCAUGAUGGGGGAACGCAGACCGGGUUCUGGGCUUGAAAUGGCGAGUCCGAGCUGUGCAAACGCGCUGGGAUUUCUCCUCAUAAUCUUGGUGGAUUUACUCGGAAUCACGGCGACGAACAUGGAGCCAAUCUACUGGAACUCCAUGAACAAAAGGUUUAGCGAUGAUAGGGGUUAUAUCCUGUACCCUCAGAUAGGGGACCGUCUGGACCUCAUCUGUCCUGCAUCGGACCCCCCAGGACCCCGUGCUCCAGCCGAGUAUGAGUACUAUAAGCUGUAUCUGGUGUCCUCCCGUGAGCAGGCGGACAGAUGUGAGGUGACAGGAGCUCCGAACCUGCUUCUCACCUGCGACAAGCCCAACAGUGACAUGCGCUUCACCAUCAAGUUCCAGGAGUACUCGCCCAACCUCUGGGGCCACGAGUUCAAAACAAUGCAUGAUUACUACAUCAUCGCCACGUCGGACGGCACUCGUCAGGGGCUGGAGAGCAUGAGAGGAGGAGUGUGUGCCACACAAGGCAUGAAGGUGGUGCUCAAAGUUGGACAAAGUCCCUACGGAUUGCCCCCGAAAUCCGCCAAACCGGACCAGGCAGGUCAUACCAACACCAGAAACCAAGGUGGCAGUGGGAACACAACUCUUCCCAGAGUGCCUGGUGGGGGUGGAGCCACUGCGGGCGGUGCAAACGGUCCUCUCCCCGCCUCCAACAUUGCCGUCAUCGCAGGAGCAGCUGGAGGCUCUGCCUUCCUCCUUCUGGUCACCACAGUGAUUUGUGUGGUGUGCUACCGCCGGCGGCACUCGAAGCAUUCCGAGUCGCACCACCCGCCACUUUCUCUCUCAUCCUUGACCUCACCUAAGCGCGGGGGUGGAGGAGGGGGUGGGAACAACAACGGCUCCGAGCCAAGUGACAUCAUCAUCCCACUGCGCACUUCAGACUCGGCCUACUGCCCACACUAUGAGAAGGUUAGUGGGGACUACGGGCACCCAGUCUACAUCGUGCAGGAGAUGCCACCUCAGAGCCCCGCUAACAUCUACUACAAAGUAUGAGGAUGGGCACACAGCAUUAAUCUCAGCCUGCAGUGCCCAGACCACGCCCCCUCACCUACUACCUAAACCAUAGCAGUAUGAACCGACUUCUCCUGUAUCUCUGCAGUCUCAGCUCUGACUGUGAAAGCCCCAAACCCUGUGACUGAAACCCACACACACACACACACACACACACACACACAUCAAAACACACACACACACACACACACACACACACACACACAUAUAUACACACAUAUACACACGCCUCCUAAACCUCUGACUCUUGUAAUCAGGAGGGGCGUGUUUUAAGUAUUGAGAGAAAAUCCCUGAGUGAGGGCUAUUUUUUCUUCUUCUAAGAGCACACAAAGCUCUCAUAACAUUCAAUCAGACCCCUUGGAGUAAGAGAGAAGCAAUGGCUUGAAGUCUCUUAAAGGUGUCCCUGAGAAACACACAUUCAUACACGUCACAUUUGUGAAGUAACGGCAGACGUGAAAUAAACUUAAAAGAAAAAAAAAGAGAGACUGAAAGUAAACUGACCCUAGACCAGUGUGAUGUUCCCUGAACUCGAACACUACAAUAACUCACAAAUAGCAGUUUAGUUUGUCCCAUUUGUGUUCGUCCUCAAAUAAGAGAAGGCGCACCUGGCUCAGCCAAUUACAAUGCAGUGCUGCCAUCACAUGACCCAAGGCCCUGCAUCGGAUUAGAGGAGCCAUAGUCGCGUUGAAGAUCUUGUAUAUUUUAAUAACGUGCGUAUUUUGUGAGUGUGUAGGGUAAUAAUUAUGACACUGCUGUUGCACGGAGUGUGACGGCGAGUGCGCAUAUCGUGUGCUUCAGUUACAGUGUGUUGGUGUGAGUGUGUGUGUGUUUAUCUGUGAGAGAGCAUUGUACCUGAGUGAAUGUGAGUUAGACUGUUUCAAAACCAAAACACAAAAAAUGAGCGAAUAUCAAAAAGUGUUUUUUUUUUUAUCGCUUUCAUUCAAUAUAGAAUAUAAUUAUAUAUGAAUAUUCAGUAAAAUAAUUUCUAGAUGUCCUUUUCCUUUUCUUUUUUUCUUUUUUUCCAAAAUGUAAAACACCAUAUCUGUUGUUAGAUCAUUUUUUUUCCCUCCUGCUUUUCUUUUCUGUGCUUUACAAAAAGCUGACCCUGUUUCUCCUCUGUAUUGUAAGUUAAUUUAAUACUUUGUAUUUCAUUUCACAAAGGGUUUUUUUUUUCUGUUUUAUUUGUUUCCCCCUAGUCAUUCCUCAUUUCCCAGGAGUCUCCACUCUCCAUGUAUAUUUUUAUAGCUCCUUGUACAAUGAUGUAGUUUUGAAGCUAGACCUCGUUUUGUGAAAGUGUUGAGGUAGAGGCACAAUCUGAGAAGUUUUUUUUUGUUUUUGUUUUUUUUUAAUGUGCAAAGACACUUUCUUUUUUUUUUUUACGAAAAAAACAGAAAAAAGAAAGAGGGAGGGGGUUAAAGAAAAGAAUGCCAGAGCUGCCUAUGAAGGAAAGAGAAAAGACAGAACAGAUAGAAGUAUGGGGUAAAGACAAAAAAAGGGAGAGGUUGGGGGGGGGGGGGGGGGGGUCCUCGAAGGAUGUCGUCAGGAUGGGAUGGGGGAGGAUGAAGGGAUGGAGGAACAGAGCACAGAAGAAGAGAUGGAGUAACGGAGGUGGGUUUUUUAACAGACUCUUGAAAGAGGUUGUGUGAAACGGGGGCUCGGGAAAUGCAGGAUUCUCAACUACACAGAUGGAAAAGAAAGCGGAUUCACUCGCUCCGUCUCAGUUGGAGAGAUGGGAAUAGGCUUUCAUACACCUGCUCGUACUUUUCUGAGGUGGAAACAUUCGAGGCUCAAUUCAAAUUCUUUCACUCUCUCACAACACAUCUUAGUAUAAUACAACACACGCACGCACACUCACACACACACCACAGCCUCAUAAAAUGACAAUGCACUUGAAAAGGCACACAACUCUUUCAACGCACACACACACACACACACACAUACACACACUGAGUAUACAAUCAAAAUCCAUUAUGGAUGUCCACAUAGACGCUGAUUACCUGAAAUGAAUUCUGAUUGGACUGUCACACACAAACACACAUGCACACACAUUCAGAUUACACCCAUGCAUUCCAGGCCUAAAGAACACACACACACACACACACACACACACACACACACACACACACACACACACACACACACACACACACACCCUGUGUGUGUGUAUCCGAGUGUGCCAACAAGAGUCUUGUAUUUUCAGAAUGUGCUCUUUUACAUUGCUGUGUGUACUGAUGCUAAAAGAUGGUUGUUAAGGUAAUGUACGCUACUGCUCGUGUUACAGUUAAUCAGUAUAUCAGGUUUCCUUACUCUAUGUUCAAAGCUGCAUUGAGACAGAGGACCUCACACAGACAUACAGACACACACACACACACAUACAGUGCCCUCCACUAAAAUUGGCACCCUUGGUAUUUAUGAGCAAAGAAAGCUGUGAAAAAUUGUCUUUUAUUGUUUAAACUUUUGAUCUUUUCACAAAAAAUUCACAAAAAUACUCUGCUGUCAUGGAUAUCAAACAAUUGCAAACAAAAAUACAGGUUAAUCAGAAAAAAAAAAUCUUUGUGAAAUAUUGCUGUGCAUCAGUUAUUGGCACCCCUAUGAAUUCAUAUGAGAAAAAUAUAUCUGAAGUACAUUCCCAUUGAUAUUUUCAAUUUUUUUAGUACACCUGGGUGACUAGGAACAGGAAAUUGUUCAACCAUGACUUCCUGUUUCACAGGGGUAUAAAUAUGAGAUAACACAUUAGCCAAAAAUCCCUUAGUCAUUCAUAACAAUGGGUAAGACCAAGGAAUGUAGCAAAAGGUUGUUGAGCGUCACACCAUGGGAAGCGGCUAUAAGAAAAUAGCACAAGCAUUUUGCACAAUUUUUCACUGCCUUCUUUGCUAAUAUUUACCAAGGGUGCCAAUAUUAGUGGAGGGCACUGUACACACACACACACACACACACACACACACACACACACACACACACACGCGCGUAUAUAUAUACACAUACACACAGCCAAAUCCAUGAACCUUAAGGCCUUGCACCACUUUGCUGGUGUGUUUAGCGCUCAAGGCGAGACUUGUUUAGAACCUGGAUAUGAAAAUGACCGAGUUUUUGUUUGAGUGUUUCUGAGUUGAUCUGGUGUAACACUGCAGCAAGUGAACAACAUUGUUUUUGUGUCAUGUCAAUAUUCUCUGUUAAAUCUUUACGAUCAAGUUGUCAGUGUUGCUUUGUUGUUAAGUGACAAAUAAGUAUGGUGCAUUCAUUUGUUGGUCAGCUUUCAACAUUUCUGUUCAUUCAAAAUCCUACUUUUCGUUAGCCAUGUUUCUGUCCUGUGGAUGUGGACUCAUGAGUGUGUGUGUGUGUGUGUGUACACACAUGUACAAACGCCAACAUCUGAGGACUAUUUAGUGGCAAAAAGCUGGCGUCUCUGAUCUCGUUACGAAGAGUCUUAUCGAACAACGUGGCCUCCUCGACGCAGAAGACACCUCUGGAAAUACGAACAUGUCUGGACUUUGUUUUUUUUCCCCAUGUUGUUACAUCUCUGUGUUUUUCCUUUCAGCCUUUCUUCAUACGCUUGCUUUCAGCCAUGGAUGCUGAGACCUGUGAUUUGCAGGCAGACAAAAACAAAACAAAACAAAACAAAACAAAACAAAAAAAAAACAAAAAAACAAAAGUGAAAAGGAAUCAAGAGGAGUGUGUGAUUUUUUUGUAGAGAACGCUUCAGUGUGUGCGCGUAUACAUGUUUCUCUGUGCCAAUAGCCAGCAAGUGACGGCCAUUUAAAGGACCUCCUCUCCUCUCCUCUCCUCUCCUCUCCAGUUGCCGUGUUGAGACGUUUGUGGGACACUACAUUUGUGUGUGAGAUGUUUUCUUUUCUGUGUUCAUCCUUCCAUUCUUCUCUCCCACCAUACCACUCCCUCUCUUUCUUUCCUCGCUUUCCCUCCACCCCAUAUCCACCUCUUAGAACGAGAGGUUAAAAAAUUAGUACAUUCCUUUGAAGAAAUGUUGAUUAAAAAAUUGCAAAAUUUGUUUAAGCACCAA